AUGGCUCGGGAAAGGAUUCUGCUUGCCGGCGUCACAGGAUACAUUGGGGGCAGUGUGCUCCACCAACUGCUUCGCAGCAAACAUGCAGCGAUCAAAGACGCUGAUAUUACGUGUCUCGUUCGAGGCCAAGAAAGAGUUGCACAGCUCCACGCUGCGUUUGGUGACAAGGUCAAGGUUAUCGGCUUCGAAGGUCUGGACGAUACUGACCGCCUUGUCGAGAUAGCAAGUCAGUACGACGUCAUCUUCAACAUGACGCUCGGUUAUCAUCUCGCCAGUGCUGCGGCCUUUAUCGAGGGUCUUUCGUUGCGCCAGAAGUCCACUGGCAAAGAUGCUUGGAUGGUCCACACUUCAGGUGUCUCGAACCUUGCGGACCAGCCACUCUCGGGUGUUCACGUUGAAUCAAAACCCGAUCUGGAAUUCGACGACUCGAGGGACAACAUCUAUGCGUAUGAGAAGUCGCGCAACACAGUAAAAAAGUACAUUCAACGCACAACGGAGCUUGGCAUGAUAGAUGCUGGACUCGAGUCAGGCGUGAAGACUGUCGUUCUCAUGUCUCCAUUGAUCUACGGGGUUGGAACGGGCUUGUGGAAUAAGCGUAGUCUGCAAGUUCCUCGAUUGGCCCGAGCGGCGAUCUCUGAAGGGGAAGCCAUCGUUAUCGGUGACGGCAAGGGCGUGUGGGACAACGUUCAUAUCGAGGACCUGGCAGAGCUCUACGAGCUGGUACUCGUGGAGAUCUUGUCAAAGGGAGGCGCUUCUCUGCCCAAGGGGAAACAAGGCGUUGUUUUCAGCGCACAUGGGCGUCACACGUGGAUCGAGGUGUCGCAGGCGGUUGCAAAUGCAGCAUUCGACGCCGGCGUAGUCAAGAGUAACACGGUAAAGUCUGUUUGUCUCGCCGAUGGAGCCAAACUCUUGACUGGUGGUGUUGAGCAAGUUGCUGAGCUGGGGUUCGCAAGCACAUGCAGGACUCGCAGUGAAAUCGCUAAGAGACUGGGUUGGUGCCCCAGAGCAGGACUCGAGACGUGGGAGCGAGGCUUCGUGGAAGAGGUUAGUGCGCUAUCGAAGCUGUGA